AUGAGGAUGCCAAAGUUGAGACGCUUCAAGCAGUGGAAUGGCGGCUCCAUCCUGAAUCUUAGCCAGCUAACCAGUUUGACUUCACGCAGCCGAAAUGUUGGUACGGUUGCAUCCGCUGCCGCCAUCGGCGGCUCAAAGAAACCCACACGACGUUCGGAAAUUUCCACCGUUUCUGGUUCCAUACAUCUACCGGCACUUCCGAGCAAUAAAUCCGUCAGCAGUGGUGGAUACGGCCUGUACGCACUGAAGUGCGAUCGAAGUGCCGCGAAGCGCGGCAUUUUGUUGAAUUUACCCAGAAAAUUAACCAGCGGAGGUCCUCCCCAUCAGCCCGCCACGGAAGUGAUGGUGCAUGAAAAAUUUUCUCCUUGCAAGCGGAACUACGGGACGGUUGAGCCACCACCGCGCCGCAAGAGGUUUCGAAAGCGGCAGCUGGAACAACAACAACAGCAGCAGCAGCAGCUGGAGCUGCAGCAAGAAACUCAGUGGCGUUCGACCGGUCCGAUUUAUUUCGGCGAUCGUUUGCUCGAGCGGAACCGCAGCGAGCUGUUUCGGAUUGCCGAGCGGGGAUCGAGCGAAAACUUGGACGCCCGCCGAUCGAAACUUCCUCCGCCAGCCCGGCGGUUGGUUAGCGACGGGAAGACGCGAUCGGUCGAGAAUAUACUGACGCUCAGAAGUUGCUGCCCGGCGGCCGAAACCGACGACAGCGAAGGCGAACGGCAGGUGAGUUCGCUGCGGGUGGAACGACGUUCCGACUGGCGGGAGGUUCGACCGCGUAGCCUGAGGUACAGUGAAAGUGUCGAGAGUGAAGCGGAGGACGUGGGCCGGCUGCCGGAAAAGGUGCUUCCGGUCAAAGGGAAGCUCAAGAAAGCAAGCGAUUUCUCGAUUGAUAAUAGUUCGGAUGAGAUUGAGGUUAGGUUUCGUAACACUGGCAGUACGGAAAGUGAAGAUUUUAGCAGCGUGACUGUGCCACUACCCACUCGGGUGGUAACUUUGAAACAGGAGAGUGUGAAGGUGAAACCGAAGCUACCGGAGAGACCUCCACCGAAGAAACCGGUUGAGCAGGUUGUCCGUUCCAAAGAGCCAGUAGAAACGUUCAGACCACUAGCGGAGGUACUGCAGGAAUCACUGAAGAGUUCCGAACUGAAACGAAAGUGGAUCAACGAUUUCCUAACCGAGAGUGACGAAGAAUCAGCCAAGCAACCAGCAAAGCGACAACAAUCGACCGAAUCUCUAACAAAGAAGUUCGAGCGUGUGGCCAAAUUCGACCGCCAGCUGGAGGCUUUGGAGACUGGAGUAGGUUUCCAGCUAGACUCGCAAGAUUCCUCAGAUAGUGUCAACAUUUUCGCAAAACCCAACAACGACUUCGAAGAGUUCGACAAACUGUUCGAAGGCGAUCGGCCUUCGCUGCUAUCAACCGGAAGUGUCAAAAAGACGGUCACCAUGGACGAUCAAAUAAUUUACAUCAACCGAAAACCAAACCUCCGCUUUUCGUCCUCCUCUUCGAUCGAAUCAGCGGGCGAACGAAGUGCGACUCCACCACCACCUCCUCCACCCCCUCCACCAUUACCUGCAGCGCCAGUAUAUCAACCCAAAAGUACGGUCAAAAUUCAAGACUAUUAUGAGAAACAAUUGCAGCGAGUUCGGUACGUUUCGGCACCAUCGCCCUCGCAGUGCACUGACGACGACGCCAGAUGGAUGCCGGAAGAGGUGGCCUCCGGCCCCGAAGAGCUGCACGAAGCCAUCAACAAUAAUAUAGUGCUUCCUCUAUAUUUAAUUAACAGUACUGACGAUGCGGUCGUAAAACCGACGACGAUCAGCGAAACCUAUAAUCAACCACCCCCCGAUCCUAUCGAUCGUUUCCCGUGUAAUAAUAAUCUCAGUAACAACAAUACUACUACCCCUACUAGCUAUAGGAACAGUUCCGCCGGAAGUGCUACCAGCAGCGGAGGCGGGGUUUUCAUAGUGGGCGAAACGUUCAAGCGAACCGCCGAAUCGACGGUGACGCCGACGCCCCUCACCGCGCAGCGGCAGCAAGUAAGGCGUUAUAUUAAUUACAAGUUCGAUGAUUACUGUCAUAUCACUAAUAACAACAACAACAACCAGAACAACAACAACAACAACUAUAGUAUAACGAGCAGUAACGGCAGCGAAAGUCAACCGCCGGGAAGAAGGCGUCCUUCGCCGCGGAAGUUCAAUAUAAAUGACUUUCACGACAACUGCUACAACGAGGAAGGUGUCAUAAUAAUCUAA